AUGAGUGAAAAUUCUAAUUCUGACGAUAAUGGAUAUGAUAAGAAAGAUGAAUCAUUUGAAAUUACUAUACCUGAAUUUCCAGGUGAUAAUGAUGAAUGCUUUUCAUUUUCUGAUAAUGAUAAUAUACGUGUCAAGGCAAAACUUGAAAAAGGAGAAAAAUUACCAAAUUUACCACCUGUUGCGGAGCAACAUGCACCUGGAACUAUGCCAUUAGCAGUUUUACUUCAAUAUGUUUGUCAAAAAAUUAAUCAAGAAUUACUUUCAAUGACUGAGUUAGUCUGUAAGACUUCAGAUAUAGGAAGAAAAGUUGCAUUAGUUCAAUUUGCAUAUACAGCUAAAAAUUUAUUGUCAAAAGUAUUGGCAGUUGUAAAAUGGUUUAGAUAUUUUAAAAGAUAUCGUUUAUGUAUACCAAUACAAAAUUUUUUGGAUCAACAAUUACAACAAUAUAGAGAUACAGCUGAUGCAUUAUGUGGAAUAGCAAGAGGUGAAUUAACAUAUGCUAGAAUGCCACAAUAUAACAUUGAUUCAGCUAUUGAUGUUAUUUGUGGAGUAUAUGCUAGACUUCCCCUAUCUAUAAAAAAACGAUUUAUUCCUGAACCUGAUUUAACAACACAAGAAUUAGCUAAUAUUCUUACAAGAAUUAAUUUAGCUAUUAAAACACGUUUAUCUUUUGUAGCACAUUUUCUUCCUACACGAAUUAAAAAUAUUAUUACAAAUAAUGGAACAGUAACACUUGUUGUUCCCGGUGAAUUUGAAAUUACACUUACAUUACCAGGUGAAACACUUAAUGUUAAAUGGAAAUUAUUACGGGUUAGAAUUUUAAUUCAUGACUAUGAAUUUGGUGAUGGUAAAGAGCUAGUACAUUAUUUACAAUUAAAAAAAAUUCAUAAGUUUUGUCAAAAAUUACUAGAUAGAUCAAAGAAACCAUUAAUUUCAGUAUAUAAUUUUUUACAUGAUUUUUGUAUAACUCUUCAAUUUGACUUAAUUUUUGGUGAAAUUUUAGAAUUAACACAAGGUAUUUACAAAAACAAAGUGUUUAUUGAUUUUUGUAAUGUUCAAAGAAGAUAUAUUUCACUAGCUUAUUGGGUAAAUAAAAAAACAAAAAAAAAUCAAUCACCUAAUUAUCAAAUUGUAUUUUCAAUUCCUAAAAAAUCAAGAAAUAGUGGAAUAGUUGUUGAAUAUCGACCCUCAGAUAGUUUUCCUAUAGAAUCUUACAAAGAAUUUGAAGAAAAACCUUCUGUUCAUAAUAUUUUAAAAAGUGUCAUAGAAUAUAAUGUUUAUAAAAAAUUAAUAUUACUUAAAGAACAAUUAGAAAAAUGUAAUCCAAAAUUGAAUGUAAGACUUACAGGUGAUUUAUUACCUAAAGUUACAUUUUAUCUUUUAAACAAAAAUAUUGAUGGAGAUGAUGAUGAAUUGUCUUUUGGAGUAAAUUUUUUUACGGGUGAAUAUAUGUAUGUUGGUGAUGAGUUAAAAGAAUCUCUACUUCUAAAGGCAACAAUUUUUGGUUUAAAUAAUAAUAUUGAUACAAAAAAAUUAGAAAAAUGUCUUGAUGGUAUACGUACUGAAUUUAUAAUGAAAAAAUAUAUAAAAUCAGUUAAUAUGUUAAAUGUUAAACUUGUAAUGGAAAAAACUUUACCAAGUAUAUUUAGAAAAUAUGCAUAUUUUGAACAUUCAAUAAAAUUAUAUUUUCAAAUUAUUAAAGAACCUCAAUGUUAUAUUACUAUAACUUUUACAGAUCCAAAGAAAAAAGGAUUAUGUAUAAAUUUUUUUCUUCUCUCUACAAAUGAAGGAAAAUCAACAAUUAUAAAAUUAAAUCCAUUUGAUUUUUAUAAUCCUUCAAAAAUAAAUACUCAUAAAAGAUCUUAUUUAGGUGAAAUAGGAAAUACAGUAAAUUAUGUUCAUAAAGAAAAUUUUGUUCAAUAUAGUCCUCAUCAGAUAGGGGCAAUAAUUAAUGGAAUUGAAAAUAAAGUUAGUAUGGUUGCUGUAUGUGAUGGAUUUUUGAAAAAAAAUGUUGUUCUUGGUUCAGUUAAAAAUGAUUGUAUUAAUAAUUCACCUUAUAUUGAAAUUCCUAAUAUUUCAAAAUUAAUUGGUUCUGAUAAUACAAAAUUCUUUGAAAAUAUGAAAGAAAUAAUUUUACGAAAUGAUUCAAGAUCUAAACAUAUAUGGCCAUUAGAAUAUUCAUUAAUAAAUACUCCAAUUGUUGAAGAUUUUUAUAAACGUGAUAUAAAUGGUCAAGAUUUAGUUCAUUUAACUGGAAAGAAAAAAUGUUUUCAUGAUAUUAGAAGUUCAGGGUUAUUGGUACCAAUUGCUUCUUUUUAUGAAAUUAUAACAUCAGCAUUAGUUGAUAAAAUGAAAACAUUUUCAAUGCUUCAUAAACAUGUAUAUCAAUUUGCUUAUGCAUAUUAUCAUUAUUAUAACAAGUAUUGCAGAAUUAAAUUAUAUUCAUAUCAUAAACUUAUUAUUGCAUAUGGAGAAAAUAGAGAUCAAUUAGUAUUUUUAACAUAUAAAGCUAUCAAAGAUUCUUUUCUUUUAUCAUUUGGACAAGAUUUAAAACAAAGUUUUGUAAAUGGAGAUUUAAGUGACUCUGAAUACCAGGAUUCUUCAACUUUAUGGAAUCCACAUAAUUUGGUUGCAAGUUUUUUAUCUGAAAAAAGUGGAAGAAAAAAUUUUUUACCAGAAUUGGUGGAUUAUUUAAUUAAUACAACAAGACCAUUAACAUCAUUAUACAAUGGAAUAAGACAUAAAAUUAUUUGUUCCAGUGGUUUAACACAAAUAUUGAUUGGUGAAAAUAUUUAUUCAGAAGAAUUUGAUAUUCAAUUAAUACCACAUUCAGAACAUAAUUUUAAAGUAAUUUGUGGUCGUAUGACUAUUGAAAUAUUUAUGUAUGCUAAAGGAUAUGUUUACAUAAAAGAUAGUUCAUAUGAAAAACCUAAAUUAUAUGGUUUAAAAGAAUUUUUAAAAAUGUAUGGAGGAAAUGUUGUUGAUAUUAAUACAAUAGAAAUUGAUGAAAUUUUACUUGAAAAAGGUGCACGCUCAUUACCAGAAUCAAAAUGUGCAGAUAUAGAAAAAGUUAUAAGAAAUCCAUCAUCAGUACCUUGUUUUACUAAUAUGAAUGAUGAAAAAAAUAAUAAAUGUAUGAGUGUUAAAGAUAUUACAGGAAUGGAUGAAAAAUGUAGAGAGGAAUAUUUUUCAUCAUCUAGAGAUUUAAUUAGAAUUUCUCAUGAUUCAUUUGAUAAAUUAUUAUAUCAGGACUCAGAAAAUAAACCAAUUUCAGAUUUUCGUAACUAUCUUUACAGUUUACGUUCAUUUGAAAGAUUGACAACAAUACUUGUUCAUAAUUAUGGUAAACCUAUGUUAGGUGGUGGUGGUUUAACAGUUCAUUAUGCAAAAGUAUCACAUCAUAUAGUUAAAGUUACUUUCUCAGCAGCUAAACGAUCAGAUGGUAGUAUUCCAUGCAAUAUAAAUUUUAUUAUAUAUCUUGAACCUAAAACUUUUAGAAUAAGACUAAAAUUAGAAUAUAUUGGAUCUUUAAGACCAACAGAUGACGAAAUAGCAAUUGCAGAGGAAUAUUUUGAAGAAGUUAUGAAAUAUACAGAAUCUCCACAAAUGGUAUAUUCAUUUAUGAAUUUAAUUCGUUUAAUAAUUCCAAAAUUCUUUUCAUGUGUCACCAACUUAAUGUUACUUCAACUUAAUCCUGAUCCCUUAAAUUUUUAUACAAUGAAUUUUGAAUUUGUAAAUGUGAUACAAAGAAAGGAUGAUUCAAUGCCAAAGUAUGUACCACAAAUAUUAAUCAAUGAACUUUCUGGUCGUAUUUUAAUACCAAUUACUAUAAAACCACAAAAAGUUGAUUUUAAUAACAAAAAUAAUGAUAUUAAUAAUAAAAUUAAACUUGAUUUUGUAUGGGAUGCUGCUAACAAUGAAGUAUAUAUUCACAAUGCUAAUGAUGACUUUUUUAAAAUGAUUAAUCAAAAAAUUAUUCAAUUUAAUAAUACUGUUAAAGAAUCUUUAGAAUGUACAUUAGAAGCAUGCAUAAGAUAUAUUUUAAAAAGUGAAAUUAAAUCUACAUAA